UCAAUCUCGAGCCCGCAGUCACACCCGUCCCCGCAGCCGCCAUCGACCAAGAGCGGCGGCGACCGGUCGGCGGCCGACUCGGCUCCCCUGAUCCCCUCCGGUAUGGACGGCCAGGCUCCACACCCCGUCGCCGUCGCACCCGAAUCCCUGCCGCAGCCACCUCCGCGUCUGGAGACGGAGGCGGAGGACGACCCCGUCGUCGUCCCCGACGCCUCCGAUGCCGCUUCUUCGGAGCCCUCCAAGGUCGGCGCCCUUUCGACGUCGCCUCUUAUCAAGGCGGAGGACGACCCGGUCGUCGUCCCCGACUCCGUCGAACCCGCUUCUUCGGAGGCCUCCGUGGUUAGCGCAGGUGGUGUGGUGCCGCCGUCGCGGCCUCUUGAGGCGGAGGAGGAUCCCCUCAUCGUCCCCGACACUUCCGAGGCCACCAAUGUUGGCACAGGUAGCGUGGUGCCCCUGUUGCCAUCGCCACCUCUUGAGGCGGAGGACGACCCCCUCAUCGUCCCCGUCAUUGAUGCCUCCUCGGAGGCCUCCGACGUGGUUACCUCUGGUGUCGUGCUUACGGACGAGCUCCGUGACAAGAUAGUUAAACAGGUGGAGUACUACUUCAGCGAUGAGAAUCUUCCCACAGAUGAGUUUAUGUUGAAAUUUGUGAUGAAGAACAAGGAGGGCCUUGGUAAUGUUCCGCUUGGAGUUAUUGCAUCAUUCAGAAAAAUGAAGAAACUUGUUCAGGACCACUCUACAAUUGAAGCUGCCCUUAGGACAUCAUCCAAGCUGGUUGUGAGCUCUAAUGGGAAAAGGGUCAGAAGGUUACAUCCCUUACCAUGCAAUGAAUUGAAAGACGUGAAGAAAAGGACUGUUGUGGUGGAAAAUCUACCUCUGGAUUUCUCCCUGGAGAGUAUACAGGAGAAAUUUGGAUCAGUUGGCAAAAUUAUGAAGAUAACCAUCCAUGAUCCACAUGCAGUUGGAGAAUCUGCAGCAUCGAAGAAGCCUGACUUCAUGUUGAGUAAUAAGGUACAUGCCAUUGUUGAGUAUGAAGCAGUGGAGGCAGCUGAGAAGGCUGUGGCCACCUUAAACGAUGAGAGGAACUGGAGAACUGGGAUGAGAGUCAUACUUCUGGCUAAACGAAGUGUAGUGGGAUCAGGAAAGAAUAUCCAGUCUUCAAAAGAAAAUCAUGGAACAUGUUUGAGAAAGAACAACGAGGGCCAGUUUUCGAAAGAAGUACAGCAGUCGGUAUCAGAAAAAAAUGGUGGUGCUGAUUCAGGAGAGGUUGCUUCAGAUAAGGAGAAUGUGAACUCUGAUGUUAACCAUGAGGAAGUGCGCCAACACCAAAGGGCAAAUGCUAGCGGUGGUCGAAAAGGCAGGUACAGAAUCCAAGGAAAAGGCCUGAGUGGACAAGGGCACGGCUCAUCCCCUACUAUUCCUGGUUCGGACUCUGCAAGCAAGCCUAUUUCUGGACCGAGAAUGCCGGAUGGAACAAGGGGCUUUACAAUGGGGCGUGGUAGAUUGCUUCCACUUCCAGAAGCUGAGAAGGCCCAGAAGACUGAGGAAUAGAACUUUAUAUACAAAUGGGUAGUGCCUUUUCAUGCCACUUUAUAAGGAUGUAAGCAUAACCAUGCUUCUAUGCUACAUUUCCUUUAUGACUUGUAUACGGAAAAGCCCCCUGUUGCCUUUUUUGAAUUAACUGUCACUUCAGUUGGAGAUUUCACGCGUGGCUGGUCCUUUACCACCUUACUAGUAUAAUACUACUAUGUAUAUUUGUGACAA